CUGCCCGCCAACUUCACACACUCAACUCAAGCUCGAAUCCCAUUCAUUGCCUCCCAACAACCAUCCCCGCCGCCCCUCCGCCCCUCCGCCGACGAAACACUUUUUGCGAGAUACGCACCCGCAUUCCCACCGAAUCACUUCUACACCCAUCCGACCAACCGCAGACAGAACGCAACUAUGGAUACACUUGUGGCGCGGUACAGCCGCCCGUCGUACCAUCAGAACGAGACGUUCACGGAGGAGGAGCAGCAAGACCUCACUGAUACCGUCCCCAGUCUGAAGUUUGCCAUGCCGCCGGUCGCACAUCCGUCAGCGUGGCUGCGCGCAGUAACAGACGACCGGUCGAACCCGUCGUGCCCGAUCAAGAUUGCCCACGGGACAACGACGCUCGCCUUCCGCUUCCAGGGCGGCAUCAUCGUUGCGACGGACUCGCGCGCGACGGCGGGCAGCUGGAUCGCCUCGCAGACGGUCAAGAAGGUGAUCGAGAUCAACUCGGACCUGCUCGGCACCAUGGCGGGCGGCGCGGCCGACUGCCAGUACUGGCUCGCCUGGUUGGGCAUGCAGUGCCGGCUGCACGAGCUGCGGCACAAGCGCCGCAUCAGCGUCGCGGCCGCGAGCAAGAUCCUCGCGAACCUGGUGUACCAGUACAAGGGCAUGGGCCUGUCGAUGGGCACCAUGUGCGCCGGCGUCACCAAGGAGGAGGGCCCGGCGCUCUACUACAUCGACUCGGACGGCACCCGCCUGGCCGGCGACCUGUUCUGCGUCGGCUCCGGCCAGACCUUCGCCUACGGCGUGCUGGACGCCGAGUACCGCUGGGACCUGACGACGGAGGAGGCGCUGGAGCUGGGCAGCCGCAGCAUCCUGGCGGCCACCCACCGCGACGCCUACUCGGGCGGCUUCAUCAACCUGUACCACGUCAAGGAGUCGGGCUGGGAGAAGCACGGGUUCACCGACACCAACCCGGUCUUCUGGAAGACCAAGCUGGAGAAGGGCGAGUUCAGCAACGUCACGAGCGAUCUCGCCGAGUGAAUUUGGUCGGUAUGGGGUCAAAACUUUGUUAUUCUUUCCACCCCCCCUUUUUUUUUCUCCUUCCUCCUCUC